AAAAGAAAUCUCUUCCAGUAGACCCAUGAAAGGAGAGAUGAAUUUUGGAGCGGUUAACCUUCCUAUACUCGCGCAUUGGUCUGUGAGACCGACGAAACAUUUUUUCAAUAUUUUUUUUGUUUUUGGCAACCCCAGCGACUCCAUUUUUUUAGUAGCUGCCGGAUUCGUUGCCAACUUCAUUUUAGUGCACGCAGUGCGUUUGUGCGAAACGCACGUGUUGGUGUGUUUGGCGCCAAUCGGUCCGUCAGACCGACGCGAGUAUAGGCGUAACUUUUAUCAUAUAUAUUAUUAUUAUUACAAGAUGGAUGAGCGGGCAAUUAGAUUGCUUUUGGAGGAAGAAAGUUCCGAAUCCGAUUAUGGGGAUGAAAAUGACAGUGAGGUGGAAGAUUUUGUUGAGGUAAAUGACGAAACUUAUGACACCGAGCAGGAUGGUGAUGAAGAAGAUGGCGAAGAGUUGGGCGAAGUGGAAAAUGUUCAAAGUUCGCGAGAAUUUUAUCUUGGGAAGGAUGGUCGGACACGUUGGAAUAAAGCUCCUGCAACAACCCAUGUGAGACGACGCGCUCGAAAUAUUGUCACCCAGCUUCCAGGACCAAAAGGAGAAGCCAAGAAUUUGAAGGAGCCAGGUGAAAUUUGGAGGUUGUUUUUUCCGGAAAGCGUCAUAAAUCGAAUUGUGAAGUGCACCAAUGAGCAUAUAAAUAUAAUAAAGUCUAAUUUCGCAAGGGAAAGAGACUGUUCUGAGACUGACAAUAUAGAAAUUGAAGCAUUUCUCGGCCUUUUACUCUUUGCCGGAGUCAGAAGAAACAGUCGCUUGAAUUCCAAAGAUUUAUUCAAAACUGAUGGCUCGUCACCGGAAAUAUUUCGUUUGACUAUGAACUGGACUAGAUUCUGUUUAUUGAUGCGUUGUCUACGGUUUGACGAAAAAGAUACGCGAGCUGAGAGAGCUGCUGUAGAUAAACUGGCUCCUAUCAGAGAUUUGUUUGAAGAAGUCGUAGCAGCCUAUAAGAAAUAUUUCAGCUUAUCUCAUUAUGUUACGAUUGACGAAAAAUUGGAGGCUUUUAGAGGUCGCUGUGGCUUUAGACAGUACAUCCCAUCAAAGCCCAAUAAAUAUGGCAUCAAAAUUUACGCCUUGACAGACGCUAAAAUGUUUUACACCACCAAAAUGGAAGUCUACGUAGGAAAACAACCGGAUGGCGCCUACAAAGUGGAUAACUCGGCUAUGGCAUUGGUUUCGCGGCUAAGCGAAGGUAUUUAUGGAACUGGACGUAAUAUUACGUGUGAUAAUUUCUUCACGAGCAUUCCUUUGCUGGAUAAAUUUGAAGCAGAGCACAGGCUAUCCGUGCUUGGGACAAUUCGCAAAAAUAAGAAGGAGCUGCCUAAGACUUUUACGGAGAUACGCGGCCGGGCAGAAAAGUCUUCUUUGUUCGGGUACCGAGGCAACUGCAGUCUUGUUUCUUAUGUCCCUAAGAAAGGAAAAAAUGUACUUCUUGUAUCAAGCAUGCAUGAUGAUGACAAAAUUGACGGGGUGACCGGCAAGCCCGAAAUGAUAAUAGACUACAAUAUGACCAAAGGAGGGGUCGACACUGUUGACAAAAUGUGCGCGACAUAUAACGUUGCUCGAGGCACAAAUAGGUGGCCCAUGGUGGUGUUUUAUAGCCUAAUGAACGUCGCAGGUAUAAACUCAUUCGUGAUAUAUAUGUUGAACAAUCCCGACAAGAAAAUCAGUCGCAGGGUCUUCAUUGAAGCUUUGUCAUACGACCUCAUCAACGCGCAACUCCGACGUCGAGCUCUGAUUACAUCCUUGCCCAGAACCCUGAAGCUUAGGCUCGUCGAAAUAUGUCAGUUGGAUGGUCCAGAAUCUUCAGCAACCACCAAUAACAACAAAAUUGGACGCUGUGGAUAUUGUUCAUCCAAAAAAAACCGCAAGACUCGUUACAACUGUGCCAAGUGCAAAAAAUACUUUUGUUUGGAACAUGCUACAAUGGUAUGUGCUGAUUGUUACUGUGAAGCUGAUAACCAAGUGAAUCUGUGAUUUACAUAUCUUAUAGCUAUUGUUUUUCAAAAUAAGAAAGUUUAUUUGAGUUUUUUUCUUGAAGAAAUAUGUUUUAGUUCUGUUUUUUUAGUACAUAAGAAAAAUAUGUCAAUUUUGAAGGCUGUUUUGUAUGAGACUGAUAGUCAAGUUAAAUAUAUAAUUAACAAGUUAUAACAUGA